AAUUCUCACCUUUUUCACUUUCUGUCUUUUUUUCAUGUCAAUUAAUUACUGUUUGUAGUUUUUACUAAGAUUCUUGAGAAGAUUCUUUUGUGGGAUGAUAUUUUUUUAGUUUUAAUUCCAGCUAUCACCAAGCUAAAAGCCAAUCUAUAAUAUCAAUAAUGGCGGUCUUCAUAAUCUUCUCCUGCAUCUGAAAUCACAAAUCUUGGUUUUCUGUAUUCAAUCUUUUUUAUUUUAUUUUAGGCUUAUGAUUAUAAUUAAGGGUCGGUGCAAAAUUUUUGUAUAAAUUUGAAAUUAUAUCUUUUGGCAAUAAUAAAGACUUCGCUUUUUUCCUGUAUUUUUUGAGGGGGCUGAUUUGCCCAUUGCAAAAAGGUUAUAGGGUGUGAUUUAUAGCAAGCAAGAUGAGAGGAGCUGUGUUUGCAGCAUUAGCUGCUACAAUGGGCAACUUGUUGCAAGGGUGGGACAAUGCAACUAUUGCAGGUGCUCUAAUAUACAUCAAGAGGGAAUUCAACCUUGAAACACAACCAACAUUGGAGGGGCUUAUUGUGGCCAUGUCUCUUAUUGGAGCCACAGUUAUCACGACGUUCUCAGGUCCUGUUUCAGAUUCAGUUGGGCGCCGGCCUAUGCUGAUCGUCUCAUCAUUGUUGUACUGUCUUGGUGGUGUUGUUAUGCUAUGGUCUCCCAAUGUAUAUGUCUUGCUCUUGGGUAGGCUGUUGGAUGGAUUUGGAGUUGGUUUAGCAGUUACUCUUGUGCCAGUCUAUAUAUCAGAAACUUCACCCCCGGAGAUCAGAGGACAGUUGAAUACCCUCCCACAGUUCACUGGUUCAGGAGGGAUGUUCUUGUCUUACUGUAUGGUAUUUGGCAUGUCUUUGAUGGAUGCACCGAGUUGGAGAUUUAUGCUCGGUGUUCUUUCAAUUCCAUCCCUUUUGUAUUUUGUCUUGACGGUGUUUUACUUGCCUGAGUCUCCUAGGUGGUUAGUCAGCAAAGGAAAGAUGAAUGAGGCUAAGAAAGUCUUACAAAAAUUACGUGGCAGAGAAGAUGUCACUGGUGAGUUGGCGCUGCUUAUAGAAGGACUUGGAACUGGAGUGGAUACUUCCAUUGAAGAGUAUGUGAUGGGCCCAGCAAAUGAUGAGGAAGCUACCACAGAUAAGGAUCAAAUCAAACUAUACGGUGCUGAGCAUGGCCAAUCUUGGAUUGCCAAACCAGUCACAGGACAAAGCACGCUUGGCAUGGUUUCUCGUUAUGGAAGCAUGGCCAACCAGGGAAGCAUGGCGAACAUGAUGGAUCCUCUUGUCACUUUGUUUGGAAGUGUACACGAGAAGCUGCCCCAGACAGGAAGCAUGAGGAGUGCAAUUUUCCCAAACUUUGGGAGCAUGUUCAAUACUGCUGCUGAUGAUAAUGGUAGAGAUGAAAAUUGGGAGGUUGAGAGCCGAGGUGAGGAUACCUCUUCUGAUGUUGGCCAUGAUGACUCUGAUGAUAAUCUGAGGAGUCCACUGCUUUCACCUCAUGCCUCUGGUGUAGCUCCUCCGUCAAAUGGCAGCAUGCUGAUGCAAAGUGGUGAAUUAGUCAACAGUACAGGUAUCGGUGGAGGUUGGCAGCUUGCAUACAAGAAAGCACAAGAUGGAACAGGCGAAUUGAAAAGGGUUUAUCUUCACCAAGAAGUUGGCAUGGGGUCUAUGCGUGGGUCUAUGCGUGGAUCUAUGCGCGGAUCGGUCGUUUCACUGCCUCCAUCUGAUCUUCUUGAUGGUCAGCUUAUCCAGGCUGCUGGUCUUGUGAGUCAGUCCACCCUCAACAUCAAAGAUUUCAAGGGAGAGUCUCCCUUUGAGGAUGGUAAUGUACAGCCUUCAGCAGCUGCUACUAAAGGGCAGAGCUGGAGAGAGCUUCUCGAACCAGGAGUUAAGCGAGCAUUGAUUGUUGGUAUGGGAAUGCAGAUACUUCAGCAGUUCUCUGGGAUCAAUGGAGUUCUCUACUACACCCCUCAGAUUCUCUCACAAGCAGGAGUGGAUGUUCUCCUAUCAAGAUUGGGGAUUGGUUCGGACUCCGCUUCACUCCUGAUUAGUGGUUUGACAACAUUGUUGAUGCUUCCUAGUAUAGGCCUUGCUAUGAGGUUGAUGGAUAUUUCUGGAAGAAGGUUUCUUCUGUUAAAUACACUCCCUGUCUUGAUUGGAUCACUGAUUGUACUAGUCCUUUCCAAUGUUAUCGAAAUGGGAACUGUCUUACACGCAACAUUAUCUACUAUUAGUGUUGUUGUCUACUUCUGCUGCUUUGUCAUGGGAUUUGGUCCUAUCCCCAACAUCCUGUGCUCCGAAAUCUUCCCUACUCGAGUCCGUGGGAUUUGCAUUGCCAUAUGCUCUCUUACCUUCUGGUUUGGAGACAUCAUUGUCACAUACUCUCUCCCUGGUUUGCUCUCCUCUAUAGGCCUUGCAGGAGUGUUUGGCAUCUAUGCCAUAGUUUGCACCAUUUCUUGGUUCUUUGUUUACAUGAAGGUACCCGAAACAAAGGGCAUGCCCCUAGAAGUUAUCAGCGAGUUCUUCAACGUGGGAGCAAGGCAAGCUGAAGCUGAGAAAGAUAUGUGAGUUAUGUAAUAUUCAGAGUUUUGAUUUGCUCAUUGCUUAAGGCGUUGAAGUAGACGCCUGGAAGAAGUCAGUGAUGACGAGUCUGAUCAACCGAGAGAGAGAGAAGAAAGCAGAGCCUAACAUUAUUUGCAAUACAAAUUUGAUGCUGCUACAUCAGUUAGAGGAAAAGGUUACUGUGGGGGAUUACACUACUCCAAUCACCCCUUCUUCUAAAAACAAUAGUUCUCGGCGAUUGGAUUUGCAGUUUUGUUCUGUUUAUUGGUAGUAUAAUGUGUAAUUUCUAUCGUUAGUUUAUUUGAUUGUCUAAUUUGUUUCUCUUUAUCCAUUGCCAUUGUUUACUGGUUACAAUAUGGAGAAAUGGUUAGCUUUUACUUAAACCUUUUGAAUCCUAAGACCAUGUUAGUUUCUUGAAACACCUCACAUAAAUCAAGAAGGAAGAGGUUACUUUGAAUGUUCAAAGACAUGAAGUUUCCUUUACUUUUCA